AUGGACUUCGUCUUCGGGUAUUCCAGCGAAGAUCACAAGAAUACUGGUAUUCUUGUGUUUGUUGAUCGGUUCAGCAAGAUGGUACAUCUUGUUGCUGGACCGGAGUCAAUUACAGCCCAGGGCUGUGCGCGUGUCUUCAUCAAUACUAUCUUCCGACUUCACGGGUUACCCCGUGAACUCGUGUCCGAUAGGGACCCCCGCUUCACGGCGGAUUUCUGGCAAUCCGUGUUCCGUUCACUUGGAACACGUUUGACGAUGUCAACUUCUGACUAUCCCGAAACUUCUGACAAUCCCGAAACAUAUGGUCAAACGGAACGCGUCAACUGCGUUCUCGAAGAGAUACUUCGAGGGUAUGUCCACUCGUUUACGAGCUGGAGUGAGUUCUUGCCGAUGGCAGAAUUCGCCAUCAACAACUCGGUGCACGCGUCUACAAUGCAUACACCGUUCUUCGUGAAUGGCCAACGCCAUCCCCGUUUACCCGCCUUCUUAAAGUGUGACUCUAGUUUAAGGGGAGGGGUGGACUCGCUCGAAAAAAACCGACCUGGUUCUUGCUCAUCACCUGUCGACAAUGGUGUCGACGUGAUGGAUGGCGAUGUUGACGCGAUCGACAUCGAUGAUGACGAUGACGACGAUGCUGGCAUAUUCAGCAUUGCCAAUGACCGCCAAAGUGAGGACGAUGAUGCCCUCACUGGUGAAGACAACUCUCUGUUUAGCAGUGCACACGAAGCGCACUGCUGUUUACAAGGAUGA